AUGGGCAUUCCAACUGAUAUCACGCUCUAUACGGUAGCCACGCCCAACGGCAUCAAGAUUUCCAUCCUGCUAGAAGAGCUGGGCCUAGAGUACAAGGUCCGCGCAAUCGACGUCAGCAUCAACGAGCAAAAAGAGCCUUGGUUCCUCAAGAUUAAUCCCAAUGGCCGACUUCCCGCAGUUACAGAUAAAUGGACCGACGGGUCCGACAUUCACGUCUUUGAAAGUGGCGCUAUCCUGCAGUAUCUCGUGGAUCGUUAUGAUAAAGAUAACAGAGUCUCAUAUUCCAGGGACUCUAAAGAGAUAUGGGAGGUAAACAGCUGGCUUCACUGGCAGAUAGGUGGCGUCGGCCCUAUGCAAGGACAAGCAAAACAUUUCAUCAAUGCUGCGCCGGAAAAGAACCAAUACAGCAUCGACCGCUACAUCAACGAGACCCGCCGUCUCUACUCCGUCAUGGAAUCUCAGCUCGCAAAGUCUACUUCGGGCUUCCUCGUCGGCAACCGCGUUACCAUUGCUGACUGCGCCCUCUUUGGGUGGGUUCUCGAUCGCGACUACACGGGAAUCUCGCUAGACAAGUUCCCGCACAUCGACAAGUGGCUCAGGACGCUUUCCCAGCGUCCAGCCUUCCAGAAGGGUCGGCAAGUGCCUUAA